GGGAUGAGAGGUGUCCGCAUCAAACUCCUGCCUGCACUUUUCAGAGCUACUCCCCCCUCCUGUAGCAACAGAGGCGUGCAGUCUUCUCCGCAGAGUGGGGACUGAGUCCGGCUAGAGAGGGCUCAACACAAGAGGAGGGUCAAAAAGAAAUAAAGUGUAGACCGCAAUGGGGACGAGCUGAUCUGCAGAGAGAAAAGAGGACGGGUCGUUUUAUGUUUGUUUGCUGUGUUGUGAACGAUAUGCAGCAGAAACACGCGGCGCUUUAGCUCGCGACGCUCCGGUGGCGGUGAUUUAACAUAAAAAAAAAACAAAACGUUAACGGCCAACGGUCGGAAGUACCUGAAUACCUGCAGCGUUUCGCACUAACAUUAGCCUCGGCUCGGUGCGAACAGCGUUGACAUUGAGAAGACGGUGAGACUGAGAGACAGAGACGGGGGUGAAAGACACGACAAAGACGGGACAGGAGAAAGUUUCUGAAGCUUGGCGCAGACAUAGCGGUUAAACAAUGCGGCUGACCCCGACAAAGUCCCUUUCAUCGGCAGCCCUGCUAAUACUGCUAGUUGUCCGCUGGUCCGACAGCAUUUCAUUGUCUCCCCAGGAGGCGAACCAGUUUCUGAGCAGACACAGGAGAGCCAAUCAAGUUUUCGAGGAGACGAAGCAGGGACACUUGGAGAGGGAGUGCGUUGAGGAGAGGUGCUCCAAGGAAGAGGCCAGAGAAGUCUUUGAAAACGACCCGGAGACGGACUACUUCUAUCCCAAGUAUUUAGCCUGUGUGGAGAAAUUUGGAGAUGCUGAAAGGAAGAAACAGGACCUGGUUACCUGUGUCCACAAUAUUCCAGACCAGUGCUCUCCAUCUCCCUGUAAUGCCAGAGGUACGGUGCGCUGCGAGGACAAGAAGGGCGACUUCCUCUGUCACUGUUUCACAGGCUGGGCCGGAGCCAGGUGUGAGACAGAUGUCGAUGAGUGCAGCAAGAGAAAUGGAGGGUGUGACCAUGAGUGCAACAACACUAUGGGCAGUUACCGCUGCUCCUGUCACCAAGGCUACAUGUUGGUAGGACGCCACAUGUGUAAUGAUGUGAAUGAGUGUGAGGACCCAAGUGUGUGUGGAACAGCACGGUGUGAAAAUAAGGAGGGCAGCUAUGAUUGCUUUUGUGACGUCGGUUAUGUCUACGACAAUAAAACCAAGAGCUGUGUUGAUGUGGAUGAGUGCGAGGCAGGUGUGUGUGCAGAGGAGUGCCUGAACACUCCAGGGAGUUUCCGUUGCUUCUGUGAUGGUCGUCAGGGCAUGAAGCUGUCCCAGGACCUCAGGAGCUGUAAGCCUUUAACUCCCUGUAUGUCACCGACUCUGAAGAGGAACGCUCGUUCCCUCUACCUGGGCCGCAUGUUCAGCGGCGUACCGGUGGUGAGGCUGCGUUUCCGCAGGAAGAUUCAAACCGGCUUUUCAGCAGAGUUUGACUUCCGCACCUACGAUCCUGAGGGGGUGAUCUUCUUUGCAGGAGGUCACCUAAACAGCUCUUGGAUUGUGCUGGCAAUGCACCAUGGGAAGCUGGAGCUGCAGCUCAAGUACGGCACAGUCAGCAGGGUCACCAGCAGCGGACCCAUCGUCAACGACGGGCAGUGGAGAAAGAUCUCGGUGGAGGAGCAGGGGAGGAGUCUAGUGAUUAAGAUUGACAGGGAGGCCGUCAUGAAGAUCGCAGUAAAUGGUGAUCUGUUUACACUAAAGAAGGGCAUGCAUGAGCUCAACCUCACAGUGGGAGGUGUCCCUUUCAGAGAGGACAGCCUCGUCAAUCAGGUGAACCCCCGCCUGGACGGCUGUAUGAAGGAGUGGAGGUGGUUGACGGGUGAAGAUACGUCCAUACAAGAAACCAUUCGAUCCAAUGACAACAUGCAGUGCUUCAGCACCGAGGAUCCUGGUGCAUAUUACCCUGGCACAGGCUUCGCGCUCUUUAACAUCAGCUACGAAUCACAGAACCUGACUGUCCAGUUGACCCUCCGUCCAACGUCUGCGAUCGGAGUGCUGUUUGCGCUUGUUCACCAGGACAGCGUCCCUCUUUCUGUCGCUCUGGCCGACUAUCAUCCCGGCACAGAUGAAUGGCGAGAUUACGUUCUGGUCUCUGUAGGUGAUGUCAUCAUCGCUAGCUCUCCUGCCCCCCUGUGUGAUGGGGAGAGUCAUGAAAUACAGGUGACAAUCUCAGGCAACCAAACCCUGCUGCACGUUGACAGCCAGCCUGGACGUAGUGAAGACGCAGAAGUUCCUACUGACGUGUUGUCCCAGUCCAGCACCUUUAUAGGAGGUCUCCCUGAUGUUCCUCUGGUGUCCACACUGGUGUCGGCGCCCUACAGCGGCUGUCUGGAGGUCCGUGUGAAUGGACAUUCUCUGGACUUAGACCAGGCCAUCCACAAGCACAACGACAUCCGCUCACACUCCUGCCCCCUGCUGGACUCUCUCCAGUGACCAGAGAAUCAGUUUGCCGAAACUGAUCCAUACGCAGUUCAUUCAGGCAAUGGGGAUGAUUUCCAAUAUAUUUAUAAAAGCUUUGACCAGUAGGGGAAGUGUUUUACAUUGGAAGGUUAAUAAAAGAAAAAAAAACUGGAUGAGGUAUCGAAGUGAGGCUUGAAGCCUUAGCCCAGGAUCACCCUGUCCUUUUACUGUGAUGACACUGCUGCCAAGAGGCAUUUGCAGGGAAUUUCACAGUAUUCUCAGUAUAAUGCCUCUGUAGGGUAGUUAGUCAGCCAGUGAGCAAUACCUGUACUAGGCAGAAGAUAUGGGAAUAAGUGCUGCAAAACAUUGCCUCAAAAACUGCCCAUGUAUCACAGCCUUGUAAGCCCACAAGAACACGCAGGGCCUUAUCUAGAUUAGUGUCAAAAGGUUGGUCUCGGGUCAGCCUGCUGACCCUGGCACCCUGUGGUUAAAAGCAGAUCUGACGGGAACUUUGUAGGCAAAGUGACUCUUUGCUGCAGCAACUCAGUUGAGCUGUGGUCAUGUUGCUUACAUCCAGUUCACCUAAUGCCCAUGUCCACAAAGGCUGAAAUAAUCAAGUGCUAAUGUAGAAUUAUACAAAAUUAAAAAAAAAAAAACCCAAAAAAACCCCACAAACACAGGGACCAGAUAAAUGGUCCCACAUGAACAACCCUACUUAGAGAAAAUGUGAGCAUAGGUGCUCCGGACUUUAUGAUUUAGGAGAUGAUUGGGGACUAAAUGAAUUUAUUUGCCCCUAAGAAGCUGCAUCCUCUCCUUCAGCGCAGCAGGAAAAGCGUGCUGUUAGGCACAGCUGUGUGUUCUGUAGAAAAGCUUGCACAUUGUUGCAGGCAGAGAUGGACUGCAUGUUAAGCCAUUUUCUUGAUUUCCUCUCAACUAUAUAAGCACUCCAUGUCUGCCCGCAACCUUAAAAAUCAACCAUGUGCCUCCAAAGAACAAACAACGAAACUUCACAACAGCUUCCCUCCAAACAGGUGAAUCAUUUCACAAAGGUGCAGUACUGUAACACACAAACAGAGCCAACACCUCUCCUAAUGAAAUAUUGUACUCAUUGCAGUUAAUACACUAUGCAUUUCCACCUGUGCAUUUUGGGGUAUUAGUCUUUCAAAGAACUGACUGACACCCUGAUUCUCAAUAAUCUUCAAUCAAUAACUUUGUCACAAAGGCCCCUUCUUCCCCUCAGAAUCACCCACUCACAGUAAUGUACCUGCCAUAUCUGAGGAUGAUAGAUCAGUCACAGAAGCACAGGGAGACAGGAAGGGGCCCUCUCCACCAAGGAGAGAGUGAGCACUGCAUCGAUCGCACCACACAAGCUACUGAGAGUGAAAAGAGUGCGCUGUAAUAUACUGAAUAUGUAAAUAACAUGACUGUACAAUGCUUUAUAGAAGACAGAAAACAAGCACUACCUUACGCUCACUGAGGUUUUCUGCACAUUUAAGUUGAUCCAAAGUGAAACGGUUAUCUGAGUCUCUCGACUUCAUUUGCUUCUUAAAGCGACGCUUCUUUUCUUGAAUUAGGAAUUGGGAGACCGUGAGAGCAAUAUACAGGGAUUAAAUUGUUGUAAAUCUUUAGGGAAUCAGUUUUUUAAUUUGAUUUUAUAGGUGCUGAGUGAAUCAAAAACACAAUGAAAACAAAGAAUGUCAGAAAGGAGCUUUGUGAUUGAGAAUGCCAAAAGGGCUCCGGCGUCAUUUUACUUCCCUCUGUAAUGUAUCGUUUCUAGUUUUCUGAUGAAUGAAUGCCUGAAUAUAGAGCUUGACGAGUUAUUGUUUAUUUUUUAUCUUGUGUUGUAUAUUGAAUUUGUCUUUUAGUUUUUAUUUUUCACCUUAACUGCCAGUAUGUGUACAAUGCUGAGAGAAGUCUGCCUUUUGAGUUUUAACUUCCCUCGACAGUGAAAAAUCCUAUUUAAAAAACAAAAAUAAAAGCAGCUGUAAGAACAUCAUAGAGUAAAAUUGUAUUUUCAAAAGUG